UAGAGCUAGCGUGCUACCAAACUGUGUAGUGUAUUUUUCGGGAUAGCACGAUGAAGAACAUCAUGAAGUAUUAUACACUUAUUCCAUUACAGCGUAUUGACAACUUCACCGGGAGCUAGGGGCGUCUUUUCUCCACAAAGCGGGACUGCCCCGACCCCUCAGUAUCAUUGUUUGGAUGAACUAAGGUUAGAGCUAGCACCGCUGGUUGAGACUUCCCGAGCGAGCACGAAUGGGAUUUACUCAGCUAGCCGCUGCUAAUGAUUGUGCUGGCUGAGAAGCUUCGCGGCUAACCGGUUGGCGUUAGCUAUCUGACCCAGUUGGUUGACAUCACUCAUCUGAUAAUUACCAGCCUCUGAAAAGAGCAGAUUUGCUGGCACGACCAUGCCUCCCAGGCCCUCCUCAGGAGAACUAUGGGGGAUGCACUUGAUGCCCCCCAGCAUCCUAGUGGACUGCCUUCUGCCAAAUGGCAUGAUUCUCACAUUGGAGUGCCUCCGGGAAGCCACACUGAUCACAGUCAAGCAUGAGCUUUUCAAAGAGGCCAGGAAGUACCCUCUUUACCAUCUGCUGCAGGAGGAGAGCUCCUACAUCUUUGUCAGUGUCACCCAGGAGGCAGAGCGGGAGGAGUUUUAUGAUGAGACCAGGAGGUUGUGUGAUCUUAGGCUCUUCCAGGCCUUCCUCAAAGUUAUUGAGCCAGUAGGCAACAGAGAAGAGAAAAUUCUCAACAGAGAGAUAGGUUUUGCUAUUGGAAUGCCUAUAUGUGAGUUUGAGUUGGUGAAAGACCCUGAGGUGCAGGACUUCAGAAGAAACAUUUUAAAUGUCUGCAAAGAAGCUGUGGACCUCAGAGACAGCAAUGGACCCCACAGUAGAGCUUUAUACGUGUACCCUCCCAAUGUAGAAUCCUCAGCAGAACUUCCCAGGCACAUCUAUAACAAGCUAGAUAAAGGUCAAAUCAUCGUGGUCAUUUGGGUUAUUGUGUCACCCAGCAAUGACAAACAGAAGUAUACCCUGAAGAUCAACCAUGACUAUGUGCCAGAGCAAGUGAUUGCAGAAGCCAUCCGUAAGAAGACACGCAGCAUGCUGCUCUCCCAGGAACAGUUAAAGAUGUGUGUGCAGGAGUAUCAGGGAAAGUACAUCCUCAAAGUCUGCGGCUGUGAUGAGUACUUACUGGAGAAAUACCCUCUGAGUCAGUACAAGUAUGUUCGCAGCUGUAUCAUGCUGGGACGGAUGCCCAACUUGAUGCUAAUGUCAAAAGACAGCCUGUAUUCCCAGCUGCCCAUGGACAACUUCACCAUGCCAUCAUAUGCAAGGCGAAUAUCCACAGCAACGCCCUACAUGAAUGGGGAAACAGCCACCAAGGGUCUGUGGACCAUCAACGGAACGCUGAGGAUCAGGAUACUGUGCGCCACUUACGUCAAUGUCAACAUCAGAGACAUUGACAAGAUCUACGUCAGGACGGGGAUAUACCAUGGUGGAGAGCAGUUGUGUGACAAUGUCAACACCCAGCGGGUGCCCUGUUCGAACCCCAGGUGGAACGAGUGGCUUAACUACGACAUGUACAUUCCAGACAUCCCCCGUGCUGCCCGACUCUGCCUCUCCAUCUGCUCUGUGAAAGGAAGGAAGGGAGCUAAAGAGGAGCACUGUCCUCUCGCCUGGGGCAACAUCAACCUGUUUGACUACACCCACACACUAGUAGCAGGGAAGAUGGCUCUCAACCUAUGGCCUGUCCCACACGGCCUGGAAGACCUGCUCAACCCUAUCGGUGUCACAGGCUCUAACCCCAACAAGGAAACCCCUUGUCUUGAGCUGGAGUUUGACCAUUUCAGUUGCCCUGUCAAGUUUCCUGAUAUGACCAGCAUAGAGGAACAUGCAAACUGGAAUAUAUCCAGAGAGCUUGGUUUUAAUUACUGCCACACUGGUUUGAGUAACAGACUGGCACGUGACAACCCAGUGACUGACAGCGACAAUGAGCAGCUACGGCAGGUGUGCAACAGAGACCCGCUGUCUGAGAUCACUGAGCAGGAGAAGGACUUUCUAUGGAGGCACAGACAAGACUGUGUCAAUAUGCCAGAGAUCCUUCCCAAGAUCCUCUUGGCUGUGAAAUGGAACUCCAGAGAUGAGGUUGCACAGAUGUACUGCCUUCUGAAGGACUGGCCUGCUAUCAAGCCAGAACAAGCCAUGGAGUUGCUGGAUUGCAACUUCCCCGACCCUAUGAUCAGAAACUUUGCCGUAAAGUGCCUUGAGAAAUACCUAACUGAUGACAAACUCUCUCAGUACCUCAUUCAGCUAGUUCAGGUUCUAAAGUAUGAACAGUACCUUGAUAACCCUCUUGCACGCUUCCUGCUGAAAAAGGCAUUAACCAAUCAGAGGAUAGGACAUUUCUUCUUCUGGCAUUUAAAGUCAGAGAUGCACAACAAGACUGUGAGCCAGAGGUUCGGCCUGCUGCUGGAGUCGUACUGCCGGGCCUGUGGCAUGUAUCUGAAGCACCUGAGCAGGCAGGUGGAGGCCAUGGAGAAACUCAUCAAUCUCACCGACCUCCUCAAACAGGAGAAAAAAGAUGAGGCACAGAAGGUUCAAAUGAAGUUUCUGGUGGAGCAGAUGAGAAGGCCUGACUACAUGGACGCACUACAAAGCUUCACCUCCCCACUGAAUCCAGCGCAUCAGCUGGGAAACCUCCGCCUGGAGGAAUGCAGGAUGAUGUCCUCGGCCAAGCGACCUCUGUGGCUUAACUGGGAAAACCCAGAUAUGAUGUCAGAGCUGCUCUUUCAGAACAACGAGAUCAUCUUCAAAAACGGAGACGAUCUGAGGCAGGACAUGCUGACGCUGCAGAUCAUUAGGAUAAUGGAGAACAUCUGGCAGAACCAAGGCCUUGAUCUCAGGAUGCUGCCGUACGGUUGUCUGUCUAUCGGUGACUGUGUGGGCUUGAUCGAGGUGGUGAGGAGCUCUCACACCAUCAUGCAGAUCCAGUGUAAAGGAGGCCUGAAGGGGGCGCUGCAGUUCAACAGCCACACACUGCAUCAGUGGCUUAAGGAUAAGAACAAGGGAGAGAUGUAUGACCAGGCCAUAGAUCUGUUCACACGGUCAUGUGCAGGCUACUGUGUAGCCACAUUUAUCCUGGGCAUAGGGGACAGACACAAUAGCAACAUUAUGGUCAAAGAUGAUGGACAGCUGUUCCACAUAGACUUCGGCCAUUUCCUCGACCACAAAAAGAAGAAGUUUGGGUACAAGAGAGAACGCGUGCCCUUUGUGCUUACGCAGGACUUCCUGAUCGUCAUUAGCAAAGGAACGCAAGAGUGCACCAAAACGAGGGAGUUCGAAAGGUUCCAGGAGAUGUGUUACAAAGCGUACCUGGCAAUCCGGCAGCACGCCAACCUCUUCAUCAACCUCUUCUCCAUGAUGCUGGGCUCCGGGAUGCCCGAGCUGCAGUCAUUCGACGACAUCGCUUACAUCAGGAAGACCCUGGCCCUGGACAAGUCGGAGCAAGAGGCCCUCGAUUACUUCAUGAAGCAGAUGAAUGACGCUCACCACGGCGGGUGGACUACCAAGAUGGACUGGAUCUUUCACACGAUCCGCCAGCACGCCAUGAACUAAAAUGGCAACUAGGGAGAGAGAAGAGUAAAGGACUGUGGCCACAGCAGCACACUAAUAACCAAAAGAAUACUGAGAAGCGAGCGAGGUAUUUUUCUCAAACACACCAUGGCCUGGUUAAUAUUUCUGCCAGCGUAUGACUCUGAAACAUUACAUGCCAGCGCGCCACAAAAUAAGGGUGCUCCGAAGGACCUAUUUCAGGGACAUAAUUCCUCAAUGCUCCUGUUUCUACAGGUGUCUGAAUUUCUUCUCCCCGCACUACAAAUUCGAGAAGGCAGGGUGGAGUUACACUUCAUCUGUCUUCUCCAUAGGAACUUAACAAGUGUAAUGGACCUCGACUACAUUGGCCUUCUUCAUGGAAACAAGAUACAGACAAAUUUUUAUUUUUCUUAUGUUUUUUUUUUUUUUUUUUUAAUUCCUUUCAGUACAUCAGCAACCAUCAGCAUUAGGAAAGGAACAUCAUGAAGUGGUAUCCCAUGAGCACAGCUGGCUUUUUCUAAAGAUAAACUCACUGUUUAUUUCCACUACCUAUUUUGAACUGAUGAAGAUGGGGGAGACAUUGGCGCACACAGCCAGGCCAGCUGGGACACAGCGAAAGAAGCCUGGCAGGUGCCCUCAAAAUCAUAAUUCCCUUUACAAUCAUAGAAACAAUCACCAACACUAUAAGUACAGGACUGACGGAGGACAUGUUGAAGACACACUAGCAUUUAACACUUUCAGAGCAACUGAAAUAAUGACUUAUUUGUAGCCUACAAACGACGUGUCCUCGGUUUAGAAAUCACGCCACGCCAGGUAACUGACUUUUGUACAGCGGUAUAUCCAUAGACUUGUAUGCAUUCGGUGCACAUAUUCCUUUAUGAGUCUGUUUUCUACUGAGCCAAAGUACUAGAUGUAUAACCCCACUACUCAGCAGUCUUAUUGUAAAAACAAAAAUAGUCACUACUAUUCCACGUCUCAUGUAUACUCAUAGCACUGAUCUCCGCAGUAUUUGUUUUUGUUUUGUUUUGUCUAUCAGUAUUAUUCUGUGUCAGAUGUUGAGGCACAAAUGUCCGUCAUCGACCCCACGCAGUUGGAACACAGAUGGACUGCAGGAAAGCUUUCUGACGGCCAGCUGUAUAACGUGUUAUGAAUUGGUCUUUUGUUAUUCAGCUGAUAAAGGCAAGAAACGCAGGGGGGAAAGGACGCGUGGUGUUCCUUACGUGUGGUGUGCUGUUACACUAUGCAAGUUGCGAUCCUAAUAUGUACUGUAUACUGCAAAAAAAAGUUGAUGUCAGAGUAAGACAGAGAGAGGAUCGCAUCUCCCCUGACAUGCUCACAUAGAGAAGUGUGUCAGUACAUGGAAGAAAAAAAAGAAAAUGCACAAUGCUGCACUGUAACAGUAUCGUCUACUUCUUCCCAGCAAAAAGAGCUGUGAGUAACGCCUUUGGACCCUGCCUUUUGCUUCUCCUCACCAGGUUUCGAUGUGGAGCUUCAAUCUAAGCCAUCUGUAAAGUGUUUGAGGUGUUUUGAGUUUCGCUCCCGUCUCCUUGUCCUCGAUCACACGUGUGAAAGAUGAUUAAAGACAGACUCUCUCUCCUCACAUUUGCCAUACGGUCCCAGAUCACGACAUCCAGGUAAACAAAAGUAACCGAAGUGAAUUUUUUUCUUUUUUUAAACCUUCCAAGUGUCUUCUUCCCAACUCUUUCCUAUGAUUGUCAACCCUUAUGUGUGGAAGAAUAGUCUUUGCAGUUUUGCUCACUGCACAGACACAUAUAUAAGAGGUCAGUAAAUGUUCUAGCUUUACCAAAUGAAACACACCAGGGCGGUUUCCUGGACACUCGAGUCUGUCUGAAAGUCCUUUUCUUUUUCGUUUUCGUUUUGUUUUCGGUUCGUGGUUUAAAAAUUGCUCAGGAAACCGAUCCUACCGAGAUGCAUGUGCUUCUGUACAGGAUACAGAGCAGCGGGCCGGACCCAAACUGAGAAAACUAGACCCCAUAUUCUUUAUGGAAGAACUAUCUAAAUGAUGCUAUUUCCCUUUGUAUUUGUUAUGGUUGUUUUCUGUUUCUCACACUGCAUUUUGCAUGAGGUCCUCAAAUAUCUACUUUUUUUUUUUGUUGUUUGACCUGAUGUUGUUUACUUGAAUUUCAUGUAUAGAAAUGACCUUGUUACUUGUGUGGGGUACAACAGUCACAAUGAAGGUAACAGAUAACUGAUACUGCUACUACAUGUGCAAAUGCUUUCCUUGAAUAACUACAGAGGUAAUAUAUUUUUGUAUUUUUAAAUGUAAGCAAACUCAUAUAUGUAACUGCUAACCAAAAAAAAGAAAAAAAAAGAAAAGAAAG